AGCAUGGCUUGGUCGCACAUUAGCAAAUUGGAUAAUAAUUUUGAAGACCUUAAAUAAGCGGUUUGGAUAUAGGCGAUCAAGUUUCGAAUCCUGCUGCCUUGCUUAUCUCAAUAUCAAUUACAGGCAAUGGCAAAAUACGAUGAUGAAUUCAAUGCUAGCUUGGAUCUUGAUUCUCUUGUUAUAGUUAGCGAAAAUGCUUGCGCUGGAAUGGACGAAGCGGUUGAAUUUAAGGUUCCUCUUACUGUGGACGAUGUGGUGGAAUUUGAGGCCUCACCUUACGCUGCCACUGAAGCUUCCUGGCAUUUGAGCUUCUCAGAGGAUUUACACAAUGCGGAGAGAUUUAAUCAACUGGCGGUUAAUUCCUUGCCCUAUUACCAGCACAAUGUUUGCACGCAGAGUGCCUUCUGCAAAUACACUAAAGCUUAUUCAAUGGCCGCUGUAAAUUCUUUCAAAACUGGUCAGAUUUUGCUCAAGAGAUGUUUAGGUUUUCUCAGAAAAAUCGAAAAGAAGAGGAAUUUGACAACGCAGAUGUCAAUGCAAACUGUUCCUGCUCCUCCUUAUCAACACCAGCAAGCAAAAUCAGGGUUUCAGAACAAAUCGACAUUUGGUCACAUGUUAGCCGAGCGGAACAGGAGGAUCAAAUUGAGGCAGCACUUCUCGAAUCUUUGUUCUUUCCUGCCUCAAAAUUCCAAGAAAGAUAACUAUUCAAUACUGGCAAAUACCAUAAACAAUCUGAAGGAAUUAAAGCUCCGUGUUGCUAAGCUCGAACAAGAAAAUCAAAUAUUGCAGGAAUUGGUUUUCCCAAAUAACGAGGAACGAAGUCGCGGGUUCGAAUCAACGGAUCAGCCAUAUUAUUUAAAGGACGAAUUCAUUUAUAGAAGCAAUGAAGUAACUUUGGAGCAGUGCAAGGACGUCCCCUCCCAAGUAAACAUGAAAGUAACUGUACAGAAAGAUCAGUAUUCCUGCCCAACAAGUCUGCUGAUCAAGCAACUAGAUCUGAUGAAAAGAAAGCAACUGGAAGUCCUCUCAAUCCAAACACAUACAGAGCCAUUUCAAUUUUACUCCAACAUUCUUCUGAGACCCAAUGGUGAGGCCUGGAAUGUUUCUCAGUGGCAAAAUUUUGGCAUAACAGUGAGAGUCUCUCUAAUGGGAAUGGCUUAAAUCAGACAUAGCUUAUAUUUCUAAGCAAAGUGUUAAACAAAUAGAGCUGAUUGACAUUUUUUAGGGUUAAUAUGUUGCUUAACGUGUAUGGUUACAUCAAGAAUACACUUUUAAACUUAAAAGUGUUAAACAUUCAGAAUUGAUUAACAUUCUUUAAGCUUAAUAUAUUGCUUAAUGUAUGUGAUUUAAGACUGUCCCCUCUCAUGAAGAACCAUGAAUGUAAACAAGGAAAGAAAUAUUAUCCUGGAUAGACAUUUAGUAAUCCCCAUGCUAUAGACAUUUAGUAAUCCCCAUGCUAUUUACUUUCAUGGCUCGGAGUAGAAGAUCUUGAGGAAAGAAAUUUAUGUGACUGGCAUUAAAAAUCUGCCCACAAAAGCCAGUGGAGCAAAUCAAAUUUUCCAUUCUGGGAACAUGUUCCUCAUUGUAAAGGGCUAUGUUUAAACAUUUCAGAUAUGUUGUUUAUAUAAAAUAU